UGAACAUCCGACCAAUGGUAAACGCUUCCGGGUUGUGACGUGGGCCGUGUUGUGUUGUCAUACUUGAGGAAGAUGUCAGCGCACGAUCACUUGUCUUUUUGUCUGUGCGAUUUAAUCAGGUUACUGUGGUCACUGCUGUUGCCAUGUUUCUAUCUGAGUCUUGCGCUGACUGCCGUCCUCUUCCUCUUCAUCACGGGAGUGAGGACAUGGCUGCAGAUGAAGAGGAAGAGCAGGAGAGCUCAGGACGAGCGGCCCGCUGUGGCCUUCUUCCACCCGUACUGCAAUGCAGGAGGAGGAGGAGAGAGAGUGCUGUGGUGUGCUUUACGCGCUCUUCAAAACAGGUACAAAGAUGUGUCCUUCGUGGUGUACACAGGUGAUCAGGGUGUGAUGGCUGAUGAGAUUUCAGAUAGAGCGUGGCGGCGCUUCAACAUCAAACUGCCCCGAGACGUUAAGUUUGUGUUCCUGAAGCACCGUCUCCUGGUGGAGGCCAAACUUUACCCGCACUUCACCCUUCUGGGGCAGAGCGUGGGCUCCAUCUUCCUGGGCUGGGAGGCCUUGACCGAGUUUGUUCCAGACCUCUAUAUCGACUCAAUGGGAUAUGCCUUCACCCUGCCGGUGUUCCGUUAUCUGGGUGGAUGUCACGUGGGAAGCUAUGUGCACUACCCAACCAUCAGCACUGAUAUGCUGUCAGUGGUUCGAGAAAGAAACCCAAGGUUCAAUAAUGUAGACUACAUCUCGAGUAACCCUGUACUGAGUGCCAUCAAAGUGAUCUACUACUGUGUCUUUGCUCUGCUGUAUGGCCUGGCCGGCUCCUGUAGCGAUGUAGUCAUGGUGAAUUCCACCUGGACUUUGGGUCACAUCCUGGCUCUGUGGCGCGCUCCUAGCCGCACCACUGUGGUCUAUCCACCCUGCGACGUUCAGGCCUUCAUGAACAUCGAGUUUGAGGAUGAGGAUGAAGAGAAGGAGAGAAAGAAGUGUCAUACUCUGGUCUCCGUGGGUCAGUUCCGGCCUGAAAAAGACCAUCAGCUGCAGAUCAAGGCUUUUAGAAAGCUGCUGGACAGGAGGGGGGCGGAGCCUGCCAUUAAGCUGGUGCUGAUCGGUGGAUGCCGUAACCAGGAAGAUGAAGACAGGGUUCAGAUGCUGAAGGGACUGUGUCUGGAUCUUGGUGUGGCAGAUAGGGUGGAGUUUAAACUCAAUAUCCCAUUUGAAGAACUGAAGAAAGAAUUAACAGAUGCCACGAUCGGGCUGCACACAAUGUGGAACGAACAUUUCGGCAUUGGUGUGGUGGAGUGUAUGGCUGCAGGAACGAUCAUCCUGGCUCACAAAUCCGGCGGUCCGAAACUGGACAUUGUAGUCCCCUAUGAUAACGGUCCGACUGGCUUCCUGGCGGACGAUGAAGACAGUUACGCAGACGCCAUGGAACGAAUCCUUUCCAUGAGCCCUGCGGCUCGAUUAGAGAUCCGACAGCGGGCACGUCAGUCCGUCAGCCGCUUCUCAGACCAGGAAUUCGAAGCCUCGUUUCUUUCAGCCGUGAAGCCUCUAAUGUCAACACUAGGACUGUGAGGGACAGAGGAGGGGGUCACGGUGUAGUUCAGUCUAGCUCAGCACGUGCUGACUCCGUAGCGCUUCAUACCUGCCUGUCUUGUGAACAUUCGCUCUUUAAGUAACAGCACUGAGGUAAGGUAAAAGCAUCAUGGGAAAUGCUAGUUCUGGCGAGGAGCACCUUUCGCUUUAACUUAACGACAGAUUGAAUGACGGAUUGCUGCAAAUGAACAGAAAGCGGAAGAUUUUGUUUCGUUUAAAUGCAAACAUGCUGUUUUUUCUUCAUAUGUUUUAUAUGUACAUUAUAUAUGAUAGAGUAGUAAUGUACUAGCUAUGUUUUUUAUUGCAACAGGUUUUAGUGGGUUACACAACAAGACUAAUGAAUCGAAAAGGUUGUUUCUAGGAAGAUUCGAUAUAUGCUAGCGGUUUACGUUCUUCUUUUUUUUUUCUUUAUACAAUAAAUUAUAUUUGAGUGGUGAUCUGGAAAAAUAA